AUGUUGUCUAUUAAUUUGAUCAGGUCUUUGAAACUUUACAAGAACAAGAUAUGGUCUCUUGACUUUUCUCAAGGUAUAUUAGCUACAGGCUCAACUGAUCGAAAAAUCAAGCUGGUCUCUGUUAAGGAUGACGAUUUUACAUUAAUUGAUGUGUUAGACGAGACCGCUCACAAGAAGGCCAUCAGGUCGGUGGCAUGGAGACCUCAUACUUCGCUAUUAGCGGCCGGAUCCUUUGAUUCUACUGUGUCCAUCUGGGCUAGGGAAGAGUCUGCUGGCAGAACUUUUGAAAUGGACUUACUGGCUAUCAUCGAAGGCCACGAAAAUGAAGUGAAAGGUGUGGCAUGGUCAAGUGACGGAUAUUAUCUAGCAACCUGUUCUAGAGAUAAGAGCGUUUGGAUUUGGGAAACGGAUGAAAACGGUGAAGAGUAUGAAUGUAUUAGUGUUUUGCAAGAGCAUUCGCAAGACGUUAAGCAUGUUACAUGGCAUCCCUCUGAAGCACUACUUGCUUCAAGUUCUUAUGACGAUACUGUUAGGAUAUGGAAGGAUUACGACGACGACUGGGAGUGCGUAGCUGUCUUGAACGGUCAUGAAGGUACCGUAUGGUCUUCUGAUUUUGACAAGACCGAGGGAAUGCUUCGACUCUGUAGUGGAAGUGAUGAUUCAACCGUGCGGGUAUGGAAGUAUAUGGGUGAUGACGAAGAUGGCCAACAAGAAUGGGUAUGUGAGGCCAUUCUUCCGGAUGUACACAAAAGACAAGUGUACAGUGUUACGUGGGGUUUCAACGGCCUGAUUGCUAGUGUGGGUGCGGAUGGAGUACUUGCAAUCUACGAAGAAAUGGGGGGAGAAUGGAAAGUUCUUGCUAAACAUACAUUAUGCCACGGAGUUUAUGAAAUCAACGUUGUAAAAUGGUUGCAAUUGAAUGGGAAGACUAUACUUGCCACAGGCGGUGACGACGGGAUCGUGAACUUCUGGUCCCUGGAAAGCUUCGGUAAAGAUAGGAGCAAGAACGCAGAUUAG